UGACGCCUCGAACCGCAUAUAUAGUGUCCGACAGCAUUUGAAAGCAGCAUCGCUGCGAUAAAACGGACGCGCACAGGUCGGUUCAACAGGUGUAGACAUCGGUAGACAUGCAGCUGUUCUGUUGGGGAGACAGCUCCAGUGGACAGUUCGGUCCUCAGGAAGCCCUCAGCCCGGCGUCCUGGACCGUGCCCGGGGUCAUUACCGACAUCUGCUGCGGGGACCGACACACUUUAUUCCUCACUGCGGAUGGAAACGUGUUGUCAUUUGGGCACGACUCCCAGGGACAACUUGGAAGAAAGAAUAAAAAAGAUGGAAAGACGCCAGGUCGUGUGGAGGGGCUGGGCGAUGUGGUGGCGAUGGCUUGUGGUCAAGACCAUUGUCUGGCUGUGUGCGGAUCAGGACCCGUGUUCUCCUGGGGGGCAGGAGAGGAUGGACAGCUAGGAACGUUACCGCCGUGCAACAGACAGCGACCGAGCCAGGUGCCCCUACCAUUGGCUGUAUCAAUAAUUCAAGUUGCUUGUGGGAAUUCACACUCCCUGGCACUGACCAAAGGGGGAGAUGUCUUGUCGUGGGGUUCAAACAGUCACGGUCAGCUCGGUCUGGGGAAGGAGGUGUCAAUGCUGUGCACCCCGAGUCUGGUGCACGCUCUGACCGGUGUAGCCGUGACCCAGAUUGCUGCUGGAGGGACUCACUCUCUGUUCCUCACGCUCUCAGGCCUGGUGUACUGCUGUGGGGCCAAUAAGUCUGGCCAGUUGGGGCUCAACAGGGUGGAUGAGAAAGGCAGGUUCAACAUCUGUGCGGUGCCUGCGCUCAGACCUCUGAGAGUCUGCUUCAUAAGCUGUGGAGAAUCCCACACUGCUGUGUUAACAAAGGGUGGUAAAGUUUUCACCUUCGGUGAGGGAAGCCACGGACAGCUCGGUCACAACUCCUCUGCUAAUGAAGUGAAACCCAGAGAGGUUGACGGUCUGGAUGGACCUGCCACUCAGAUUGCCUGUGGCAGGCAUCACACCUUGGUUUUGGGAUCUUCUGGUCACCUGUGGGCUUUUGGCAAUGGGGCCAAAGGUCAGAUUGGAAGUGGACAAGCACAAGGCAGUCUGACUCCCACAUUGGUGCAGCUUCCAUGGACUGAGGACAGUGCAGCGGCACCCAGUGCAGACUUGAAAAUAUCAGCUGGGUGGAAUACAAACUUUGCUUAUUCUGCGCCUGAAAAGAACCUGGAGCGCUUGCAGAUAUCCGGGCGCCUGGAUGAGACAAAACUGCAAAGAUGGCUGGCAAUGAGACACAGUAACGUGGAGGCCAGAAGAGAAAUAGCUUCAGUGUUCUCGACAACUUCAAGUCUUGUUGCAAGUUUCACAAAAGCCAGUGACCCUCCAUUAGAAGCCGGGGCUUUAACUGUGGACCUUGAGGCUGCUAGCAAAGUUUUUGAUCAGCUGUUGGCUGUACCAUGGAUCCGACAAUCAAUAAACAUAAACAUCCUGGUUGGCUUGAUUAUUAAAUCUGGAGGUGCCAUCAAAUCUCCAGAGAUUAUCCUGCUUCUGCUGACGUGCCCCCUUCUGGAAGAAGAUGUUAUGCAUGGAGUUUUGCCUCUUGCAAUCCUUAUAUCGAAUCUCAGUGAGAAGACUCAGGCGACAAUAAAAAGCUGGUGGUCUUCACUGUCACCCUCCUUACUGAGAAAGCACAUCAUGGUCUUCAAAAAUGCCCUGGUCUUCAUGCUAAAAAAUGGCCUCCUACUCACUCACAACCCAGGAAUCAGAUACUUGCUGCAGGUCCUCAAGCUACUCUACAAAGCAAACAAAACUGGAAAGUCCUACAAAGUCCCACUGAGCACUUUUUACGUGGAGGAAAUCAGUGGGAAUGUGCAGCCAGUUGAGGAUGUCAGCCUUUGGAAAGCAUUUUCUAAAAUUGAGGACGAGGAGAACACACCUGCAAUCUUCUGCCGCUACCCAUUCCUUUUCACUCUGGUUUGCAAGGUGGCAAUUUUUAACAUCGUAGCUCACGCAUCGAAGAAGAGGCAUAAUUUGGAUCCUGGACAGGCUUUGUUCUGGCCUCAAGAAACUUUGGGAGAUCUUCCGGAACCUGGCGCUCCCCCCAUUUUCCAGCUAACUCUGAGACGAACUCACUUGGUGGAGGACACCUUCAGACAGCUCGCUGCAGCUGACCACUGUGCCUUCCAAAGGGAACUUGUGGUGCAGUUUGUGGAUAACAGGAAUUUGUCGCUUGUCAACAAAAAGGACUUUUUCCUCCAUGUGUUCAAGGAGCUGAUGGAUCCCAAAUCUGGAAUUGUCAUGUACAAUGAAAGCGAGACUGUGGCCUGGUUCCCUCCAAGACCAAAGGUGGAGGAGAAGACUUACUUCCUGUUCGGGGUUCUUUGUGGACUGGCUCUGUAUAACCACAACAUCGUCUACAUGCCCUUCACACAAGCUCUGUUCAAGAAGCUGGUCCGUGUCAAACCCUCACUGGAUGACUUGAAGGAGUUUGAUCCCAUACUGGCAGAGUCUAAGAGGUGUAUCUUGGAGGACUACGCUCCUGAUAUGAUCAAAACACUGGAGACUACUUUCACUGUCCCCUGGUGUGGUGAGGAAGUUGAGCUUGAUCCGAAAGAACCCAGAAAACUUGUUACUGGUGCAAACAGGAAAGAAUUUGUAGAUGCCUUCGUCGACUACGUCUUCAACAAAUCAGUGGAGAAAACAUUUGAAGCUUUCCGAACAGGGUUUUUCAAAGUGUGCAACAUUGAUGUGGUGGAGUUCUUCCAGCCGGAAGAGCUGCAAGCGGUGAUGGUGGGCCAAGAAAACUACGACUGGGACGUGUUCAAGCAGAACACAGUUUAUGAAGGGGACUACCAUGCUGGACAUCCAAACAUCCUCAUCUUCUGGGAGGUGUUUGAGACAAUGACACCGGAGGAAAAGAAAAAAUUCCUCUUGUUCGUGACAGGUAGUGACCGCGUACCCUUCCUGGGAAUGGAGAGCAUCAGGAUGAGAGUGGCCGUCUUACCCAACUCUGAUGAACACCAUUUGCCAGAAGCGCUCACCUGCCACUGUCUGCUAUUACUGCCCAUCUACCGCAGAUACCCAGUCAACAAGACGAUGCAGACCAGGCUUCUUGAGGCUAUUAAUCACAACAGAGGCUUCUGGAAGGUCACAGACUCUGAAUCCUGAACUAACCACCGCUUCCUCUGUUUCUUUUGGCUAUAUAAUCUGUCCGAUGUAAUGAUACAGAUGCUGCUUUUUUAAUGUGUAACAUAAGUCCUUCCUUCCUCUAUGUAAUAAUAAUAAUACAUUUUAUUUGUAUAGCGCUUUUCAAAACUCAAGGGCACUUUACAGACAUAAAAAUCCACACAAAAAAGAAAACUUUUUACACAUUAAAUAAACAAUUAAUGAAAUACGAGAACAACUGAAAUGAAUGUAGGCACUCUCCAGCAGUCCAUGUUGUCAUUUAGUAGUUUGAGGGUAAUCAUCAUGCGUAACUCUGCCUUCAUUUGUUCUUUAAUCUCACUUUUUGAUGGCUGAUGCCACUUGCACAUGUUAAAGUUUUUUUUUUUUAAACUCCACUUCAUAAAUACUGCCAUUGCUGCUCCUCUGACAUGACAACCUCACUUUUUAGGACUUUGGAUCAAGUCAUUCUUUGCAUUAAACAGUCUUUCCAAUUAAACAAGCUUACAUUUUUUAUGUUCAAGUAUUUAAAAGAACUCAAAACUCAGCUGUAUGUUGCUUGCUUUGUACCGUAAUAACCAGCCAAAUAAAGUUCUUAUCUCCUC